AUGAGAUUCAAUUUAUUCAAUUCUCUCCUUCAAAUCUAUGGACGCACUCGCUAUUAUUCAAGAUAUUCGAGAAAAGAGAAGACGAAAGGGUCCCUCAAUGAUCUUCGAAAUAACAUGACUGAUCAGAAGCGAUUGAAGUUUGAGGUGAAGAUGAAAGUGGGCAGAAAGUACGAACACCGCUCCUUGGAACUGCGUUGUCGAUUCGAUGAAUCUGGAAAACAAGAAUGGAUUCUCUACAUUAUCAAGUAUGCAGAUUACACUUCCUACGACUACUUUUCUCUUUCUGACAGCUUCAUCAUUCAGUUGUUUGAUGAAACAAAAAACUCAAAGUGCACUCUUGUGUUGGUAGAAGAUGUUCUUCGGUUUAAGAUGAACAGUUUGUCAGAUAAAUGGAGAUUCGUUGAGUUCAUAAGGGCAAAUUUGGAUAGUAAAGCUCACUUGUGCUCCGGAACAUUGGAAAUUUUCCCUCAUCAAACCACAAUGUCUCUCCCAAUCCACGUAUUAUUCCAUCACACUUGUCUCCUCAUUAUCUCUCAAAAUACCCAAAAAAUUAUAGCUCAUAAGUCACUUUUCGACUUUGAAAUGCUUGUUUUCAAGGGUAAAAAACUAGUUUUUGUCUGUAAAACUCCUCAAAAACUUCCCGAGUUAUGGUCGAUUCAUAUCGAGAAUCUCGAGAAAUUAUCCGAUUUGAUGACUGAAGGAAUCGAGAUUCGUGAUCUCCCGAUAACCAUGAAUCAAAUGAAGAGAGAAACAUCUGAAUACGUGCAAAUUCCUUCUGCGUAUUCAGUUUAUACGGAUUUCUAA